AUGGCUGAAGCCACAGAGGACUUCUCCUCCUUACCCUUACCCGACCGGUUCGCUCACAAGAACUGGAAAGUCCGAAAGGAGGGAUACGAAGAUGCGAAAGCGCAAUUUGAAAAGACCCCAGAUGAAUCACAUCCGGUCUUCGUACCAUUCAUACAAGAUCCCGGCCUUUGGAAAGGGGCAGUGGCAGAUUCCAACGUCGCAGCACAGUCAGAAGGUCUUGCAGCAUACUGCGCCUUUUUGAAAUUCGGAGGAGGCCAGGCCUGCACGAGAUCCCGCACAUAUACAAUUGGACCAAUUGCUGAGAAAGGUCUCCCAUCUACACGACCGGCCGGUAAAGCGAGCGCCCAGGAAGCUCUGUUAUUAUGCGUCGAAUUGGAUAAGGCCGAUCCGGUGAUCGAAGAACUACUACCUAUACUAUCACACAAAGUACCUAAGGUGAUCGCCGCCACUCUCGCGGCCUUGACCCUCAUUUAUCACAACUUCGGCUGCAAGAUCGUCGACCCGAAGCAAACGUUGAAGGCGCUGACCAAGGUUUUUGGUCAUGCCGAUAAAAAUGUCCGCGCGGAAGCACAAAAUCUGACCGUGGAACUCUAUCGGUGGCUGCGGGAGGCCAUCAAGCCUCUGUUCUGGGCCGAUUUGAAACCCGUGCAACAGGGAGAUCUAGAGAAACUAUUCGAAGCCGUGAAGCAGGACCCCACGCCGAAGCAAGAGCGAUUUACUCGGGUACAACAAGAUGCCAUGGCCGCGGCCAGUGCUGCACCGGCAGGCGAGGACGGUGUAGAACCAGCCGGCGACGAGUUUGACGAGGAGGAGGAUGUGGUGGUUGUUGAUGCCUUCGACCUGGCGGAGCCGGUUGAUGUCAUGAAGAAAAUCCCUGAAAACUUCCAUGAUCAAUUGGCCUCGGCAAAAUGGAAGGACCGCAAGGAAGCUUUGGACGCUCUCUAUAACGUUAUCAACGUUCCCCGAAUCAAGGACGGGCCCUACGAUGAGAUCGUGAGGGGAUUGGCCAAAUCCAUGAAGGACGCUAACGUCGCUGUCGCCACGGUAGCUGCGAACUGCGUGGACGUGUUGGCCAGGGGUCUUCGCAACGGAUUCACCAAAUACCGAAGCGUCAUUAUGGCACCCAUGUUUGAACGUCUGAAAGAAAAGAAAACGACUGUCGCAGAUGCUUUGGGCCAGGCGUUGGAUGCUGUCUUCACGACGACAACGCUUACGGACUGCUUGGAGGAAAUCUUCGAGUAUCUCAAGCACAAGAACCCACAGAUCAAGCAGGAAACUGUCAAGUUUUUGGUUCGCUGCUUGCGCACAACCCGGAUAGUACCAGCCAAGGCAGAGCAGAAAGCGAUCGCUGAUGCCGGCACAAAGCUAUUGACCGAGUCAGCUCCGGCAAUCCGUGAAGGAGCUGCUGAAAUUCUGGGUACAUUAAUGAAGAUUCUGGGUGAACGGGCCAUGAACCCGUAUCUCGAUGGUCUUGACGAGAUUCGUAAAACCAAAAUCAAAGAGUACUUCGGAACCGCCGAAGUCAAGGCCAAGGAGCGACCCAAGGCUAUUGUGGCGCCCCCAAAGCCCGCUGCCCCGGCUGCCAGGAAGGUCGUUGGCAAGAGGCCGCCGGCAACGGGACUGAAAAAACUAGCCCCUGUAGCCGCUCCACCUGCCCCAGAAGAACCCCCAGUCAAGCCUGCAUCCAGAGGAAUCCCUUCGAAGCUCGGUGCUCCUAAGCCCGGCCUUACAACUCCUGGAUCAGCUCUCAAACUGCAACGGAAGCUUGCUGGCCCUGGAACCACUGCAUCGCCAUCAAGACGAGUUGCUGCCCCCCGGAAGAGGAUACCUUCGGCGCCUGCUGAACCUGCCGCCAAUGCUAUGGCAGCUGCCGACCGUGCUGAGUUAGAGGAACUACGGGCGGAGAAGGUGAAGCGUGCUGAGUUGGAAGAACUACGGGCGGAGAAAGAAAACCUGUACCGAACAGUGGAAGAUAUGAAGUCUGAGCGUUCAAGGCUCAACUCAACGAUCACUGAACUUCAGAACCAGAAUGCACAGCUGAUUGAAGACCACACCCGCGAUGUCCUAAGCAUCAAGGCGAAAGAGACUCAACUUGUUCGAGCACGGAGUGACGCAGAAACUGCGGAGGGGAGUGUUCAAAAACAGCAGAGAGAGAUCGAAAGAUUGAAGCGUGAACUCGCACGAGCACUUCGCGCAUCUGCCGUAAGCCCACCUAACGCUAUCUCCGAUGCCGGAAGCAUGGGCAUGCCAGACACAAACUCCAUGUAUCAAGACCACAUCGGCAACAGCAAUGCUGCUGCACGAUCUGGUCUUCACAUGGGAUCCCGCUUCGAAAGCUCGCGUCCUCGAAGCUACGCCUCUGCUACUCCCAGUGAGGAGAAGGAGUCCAGCGGGAUGGAAUCACCAGGACCCAGCAGUCGCAAUGGCGGCCUCGGCCGACGCAAUCUGAGCCCUACAUACGGUUACUCGACCGUUGGCAGCCCCACACGCUCAACCCGAGACUCCAACGCACAUCUGACCGAAGACGACCAGCAGCAACCCAGAUCUUCUGAACCGGCAGAGAACUGGAAGCGAGCCGCGGAAGUCACCAGCCAACUGAAGGCGAGAAUUGAACAAAUGAAGGUACGCCAAGGGCUUUCACGACCUCCUCAACGUUAA